GCGGGCGAAGUGACAAGGAACGCCUGACAUAAAUUGGUUUCUUGUACAUUUUUCCAUGGCAUUCGAAAAUGUUAACAGACACUUUGUGUACCUUAGACACGGGUUAUUACGCAGAUACUGUAGAGUGGUGUCCUGCUAAAGGUUUUGAAGACUAUUUAGUGUGCGGUACUUAUCAGCUGCUCGAGAAUAAAGAGAAAAACGAUGGAUCCGCGCUUUGCCCAGAGGAGUAUUCAAGCGUUGGCAACAAGAGGGUCGGCAAUGUACAGCUGUAUCGUCUGAAUGAAUCGCAUACAAGGUUGGAAAAACUACAAACUCAGGAAACAAGUGGUAUUUUAGAUACAAAGUGGUUAGCAAAGCCAUUAAAUGGUUCUGCUGUACUUGGCGCUGCUACAUCAAAUGGAGAACUGAAGAUCUAUUUCCUCAAAGAAAAGCUAUUAGUUGAGAGCACCAGUUAUAUUGCAAGUCCAGAUAAAUUAUGUCUUUCAAUGGACUGGUCUUUGGAAGAUGAAAACAGCCACAUUGUUAUAAGUGACUCAGGUGGACAGAUUACAUUAUGCAAAUUUUAUGAAGGUACCUCUGAGCUUUGUCAAGUUUUGCAAUGGUUAGGGCAUCAGUAUGAGGCUUGGAUUACAGCAUUUAAUGCUUGGAAUUCAUCCAUUGUAUAUUCAGGAGGCGAUGAUUGCCUACUCAGAGGAUGGGACACAAGAACAGGCUGCCAUAAACCUACAUUUACAAGUAAAAGGCAUGAGAUGGGUGUCAGCAGCAUUCAGUGCAAUCAUGUAUAUGAACACAUCAUUGCAACCGGCAGCUAUGAUGAGAAGAUUCAUGUUUGGGAUGAUAGAAACAUGACACGCCCAUUAUGCACAUCACAUCCUGGUGGAGGAGUGUGGAGGAUAAAGUGGCAUCCUUACCAUGGAAACACAAUGUUAACAGCAUGCAUGUAUGAGGGCUUUCAUAUUCUUCAGUUCAACAACAACACAGGACAUCAAAGCUUGGAAAAAGUGGUUUCUUAUAAGGAACAAGCAAGUUUGGCUUAUGGUGCUGAUUGGUACAGGAAACAUAUCCAGCUUUCUAGAUUCAGUGCACAAGAUUGCAAACAAAUGGACAGAAAUGAUGAACACAAAGGGACUGACCUAUUACAUGAAAGCAUUUCUGAUACUCAAACUGACAUAGUUGCAACUUGUUCAUUCUAUGACCAUGCCUUAAAUUUGUGGACAGUGAAUAAUGCAGUCUCAAGAUAGCCCUGGAAAUGAAACACAGCAAUGUGUUGAGUUCAAUCUUCCAUCCUUCAGAGAAGGAACAGUGUGGAUUUCUGUCUUCUUCAUCCCUGAUGUCUGACCAGAAGAGGAAACACCAAAGAAUUAUUCCAAUAAAAACUUUUAUUUCAAGUCCACUGCACCAUCAUAGUAAUACUAGCUAAAGAAUUCUGAUGAUAGAACAUAUAUCUAUACAUUCAUAAUUCAGAAAAUUCCCUUAUAACAUUUUAAUUAUCAUCACUAACUCAAUAACAAUUCCGUGUCUAACCUCAAUUUUUUUCAAUUGUUAAGAAUGUAUGUAAAAA